AUGAGCUCUACCAAUUUCGUCCAAGCCCAGCAGCGGUUGGCUGCGCGUCGACAGGCUCGCGAACGAGAAGCCCAAGCUCGACUCGACGCUACCCGCCAAGCAUCGCGAGCCUGGACUGAAGUGACGCGUUUGCCAUAUCCCUUGAAUCGACUUGGAACUUCAUCGCUAUCGGUAUGGGAAGUGAUCUCGUCACGCGAAGGCACGAGACCUGCCUUUCGAGUCGGCCAAGUCGACGCUGAAUUAUUAGACGAAGACCUCGUAACUCAACUACGCGAUCAGGUUGGCGAAGCGCUCAAAUACUUCGGAGGUACCCUAAAGGAUGACUGGUCAGCCGAGAUUCUGCUUGUGCUUCGUAUAAUCCUUUUCAAACUUACGGUCUGGGAUCAUGAUGCGACCUAUGGUGCGGCUCUUCAAAAUCUCAAGUAUACCGAUGCGAGACGCGAUGGGCUGGUUUUAACCCCCCCGAGUAAAUGGCAGAAGAGUCUCUAUGGUCUUAUUACCGUAGGAGGGAAAUAUGGUUGGACAAAAUGGGAGAAUUGGUUACUGGACCGAGACAAUGGAUACGAUCAACCCUCGCCGAUGGUACGGAGGCUUGGCAGACUCACGUCACGGAUUACUACUCUCCACUCGGUAGCUGCCUUCGCCUCGUUCCUUGCCUUCCUCUUGCAUGGGAGGUACCGAACAAUACUAGACAGGGUAUUGAGAAUGCGUCUAGCUCCACCCACCAGUCAAGUUAACCGUGAAGUUUCUUUCGAGUACCUUAACCGGCAACUGGUAUGGCACGCAUUUACCGAGUUCUUACUCUUCGUCCUGCCCUUAGUAGGGAUCAAUAGAUGGCGUAGGUGGCUUGGUCGCACAUGGAGGAAGACCAAAGAGAUCAUCAAUGUCAGCAAGGAGGGUGAUGUCAACGAGAAGCGAGGCGAUUUUGCGUUUCUACCCGAACGGACAUGUGCUAUUUGCUAUCAGGAUCAAAACUCGGCCGUCUCAGAGACCGAGGUUUUGGCUGCAGCCGCCUCAAGUGGAGUUAUAGGCUCGGCACAGACGGAUAUCACGAAUCCAUACGAGACGAUCCCAUGCGGCUGCAUAUAUUGCUUUGUAUGCAUUGCAACCAGAUUGGAGCGUGAGGAGGGUGAAGGCUGGACUUGCCUACGGUGCGGCGAUCUAGUAAAAGAAUGCAAACCAUGGAACGGGGAUGUUCUAGAAGAACAACCGAAAUCAUCAGCACCAGCCACGAAGCACGUAGGGUUUAUCGAUGACGAGAAACCCGCUUCCGGCCCCCCAGAUGAUAAUAAUGACACCUUCGAGUCAGCGGCGUCAGAUUCUCCUGAAGAUAAUGACUCGGAAGUAUACGAGGAAGAAGAGGCCGGGGUGGAGGAAGGGUUCGACGACUAAUCGUCGAUUUCGAUGAUACAUGGAGCCUCUGCACAACAUAAUCCUACCAAACUAGAAGAGCCUUCGGUUCAAGCAGCAAAUCGUUAACCGCCCCCAAGCGCUCAACGAUUCGCGCUAGUUGAGACACGAAACCCGUAUCCUUUCGCCUGGACCUUCACCUUCGGCGUAUGAAUGGUUGUCUGUCAUCAUCACGUUUCUUAGGAGUCGGAGGUGAGAUAGCCUAUUUAGUAGCCAUACGCCCAGGGGUCCGGCUCGGUAGGGCUGCAGAACAAGUGGAGAAAGGCGGGAGGAGGCAUAUGCCAUUCCAAAUCACCGGUUGAAGAUCCCACGUCCCGUACCUAUCGACGGGCUCAGCAUACGCCGCAUCUGUCGCACAAUAACGCAAUCUCGUCAACAUCUGUCUGUGAAGCUCCACCCAGCCCUACGCUCUACGCUCCCACCUACCGGUCCAAGGUGUACCAACGCCUUGGCGAUUCAUGUUAUUUUUGUUCUCGGGAGAUACUAAACCCCUUAAUCCACCUUAAUAUUCGGCAGGUUUAGGCGCGAGGUUGGU